AUGCAUUCCGCUGCUCUUCUGUCUCUCCUCGCCGCUGUCCCUACAGCAAUGGCUUGCCUGGGCUACGAGGGUGGUCUUCCUAAGUCCACCGGUACCAAGAGUCUCAGCGCACCCCGGUACCUCAAGAAGGGCGAAGUUUUUGAUGCUGGUUGGGUCAAAUACGACCGUGGUGUCAAGUGUGGCGGCCAGAAGGAGGGAGGCGAGAAAGACACUGUCUUUGUUCUGGAAGAUGGCGCUACGCUAAAGAACGUCAUUAUUGGUGCCAACCAAGGUGAAGGUAUCUACUGCAAGGGCAGCUGCAACCUCGAAUUUGUUUGGUUCGAGGAUGUCUGCGAGGAUGCCAUUUCCAUCAAGGGUGAUGGAACUGCCAACAUCAUCGGUGGUGGUGCCUACCAUGCCUCUGAUAAGGUCAUCCAGCAUAACGGAUGUGGCCACGUUAACAUCAUCAACUUCUAUGCUGAGGACUACGGCAAGGUCUAUCGCUCUUGCGGUAAUUGCAAGAACAACUGCGCCCGUUCCGUUCAUAUGGAGGGUGUUACUGCCAAGAAGGGUGGUGAGCUUAUUGGCAUCAACCCUAACUUGGGCGACAAGGCUACCUACUCCAACAACUGCUUCCCCAAGGUUCAAUGCCAAGCGUACGACGGCUGCGAUAAGUCCAAGGGCGAUUGCGAGGCUAAGAAGAAGGGUACCUGUUAA